UCACACAAGCUACAGCACAGGUAUGAGGGAAAAGAGGCGUUAAUCUGUAGCCGAAUUAAAAAUUAACAUCAGGCAGACCUAACACAUACAUAUUAAGUAGAAAUAUUUCUUUUAUUUUGUCGUUUUUGGGGUGAGAUUUUGAAAAUUAGACGCUUUGUAAAUAGAGUCUGGUCUUAAGGAAAACGUUUCUUAAUUGUGUAAAUCCCCUAUGUAACCAUUACAAAAUACCGAGGUUUUGCUGACAGUGAGUGACAUUGCUGUUAACAUAUUAAAUGAUGAGUCAGAUCACAGCACAGUCAAGCAUGAAAAUCUCAUCGCAGACUAACACAACAUGUUGGGAUCAGGCUUGAACAAGUUGUGACUCAGACAGUGUUGUCCUGAAGACUCAAUGUGUGAUGAUGCAGAGAUUUAAGAAGAAAGAUGCAGAGAUUUCAGAGGGACAAUAUUUCAUCUAAAAUCUCAGCAUCAUCUCACAUUAAAGGUGCAGUGUGUAAUAUUUAGAUGAGAGGCAUCUAUUGGCAGAACAUGAAUAUAAAAUAAUUUCACACAUCUGUAGUGGAUCAUCUCUCUCUUUAUAUUUCGAUAGAAUAAGCCUUAUACAUUUUUGAUAUCUUCCCCAUACCCACCUUGGAUCGACAUAUUGCUACAGACAUUUAUGUUUACAUCUUCUUCUUCUGGCUUGUAUUGGCGGUUGGCAAAGAAUGAUUUGGGUCAUUACUGCCACAAGCUGGUCUAAAAACCAAUAAUAACUGUACCCGUACAAAAUUUUGACGAAGAAAUGGGACUGGGAGGUUGUUAAGAAAGGUCUGUAGGAAGUUUAUGAACAGAAAAGUUGUUGAAUGGAGGAAAAUACUUACCAAUUAACAACAGAAAAACCAAGGGACAUUCAAAUUCAACUCGAAGCCUAAAUGUCCUCUGACAUCUUCCUACAAGGCGUAUUCACGGCCCCUCGGACACAACAUCGUGAGGCUAUGGCUGCUAGCUAAGCCACUUCCUGUUGACUUUUAGGCUUAAAGGAUGGAAAACUACUGAGAGACAAAGUGUAUCUGACACUUAAGUGUUGAACAGCUUGCUGACCCUGAUGCAUCAACUCCAAUGAAAGAAAAAGCUUUUCAUAUCCAACUUUGUUAGCAAUGGAGUGUCCACUGGAACACAGUCAAGUCAAUGCAUUGAAAAAUUGUCAUGUUGCUUCUCUAAUGUUUUAUUAUCAACAAAAAAUUGUCUUUCUUCCAUUCUUCAUUACUUUCUCUCCUUUCUGACUGCCAUUUUACCAUAUCUAUAAAAAAGUUGUAAAGGCUUUAGUAUUAUAAUAUUAUUUGUUUGUUUUUACAGCUUGUAUCUGCAAGUGAUUACUUACAUACAAAGUCACCAUUCAAACAUGUACGUAAGAUAUUGAAUGGUUGAAAACUGGGAUUUUAGCUUCAGAAGACCUUGAUCCAGAUGACCCAAGAGGAUGAGGAUUGGUGCCCUACUCACCUGCACCAUUCACAUCAGAAUUUCAGAAAUUCGUGCAGAAACUAGUCAGGAGAUGUCUGGAUAAAGUAGUUUUUUUUUGUCUUUCUUGUGGAAUCCAAACCCUGUAUGUCAUACUCAUAUUAGCAAAUCAAAUAAAAAUUUAAAAUAUUACAGAGUAUUGCAAAUGCUUUCAACAGGACUACUAUCCUUGCAGCUGAGGAUUUUGAAUGAUCCGGAUGGGAGAUCACUAUUCGUCCCUGAAAGCAAAGCUGAAAAAAGGGGAAAUAUUUCACCUUUGCAAGUGUCUAAGAUAUCAAAGAUUCCUUUGAUGCAAUUGAUUACUCACAGACUUUGAACAGUGACUGUCACUGUUGAAAGUUGUUAACAAGUACAUAAGAUAUUGAAUGGUUGAAAAACUGGGAUUUUAACUGGGAUGACCCAAGAAGAUGAGGAUUGGUGCCCUACUCACCUGCACCAUUCACAUCAGAAUUCGUGCAGACAUUAGUCAGGAGAUGUUUGGGUAAAGUAGUUUCUUUUUGUCUUUCUUGUGGAAUCCAAACACUGUAUGUCAUACUCAUAUUAGCAAAACAAAUACAAAUUUAAAUUAUUACAUUAAUUAGUAUUGCAACUGCUUUCAACAGGACCACUAUCCUUGCAGCUGAGGAUUUUGAAUGAUCCGGAUGGGAGAUCACUAUUCGUCCCUGAAAAGCAAAGCUGAAUCAUGGUGCCACUCAGGCACACCAACCUGUGUGAAAAUAUAUAUACAAAAUAAAUAGAUCAUCUUUUUAUAGAUAAUUUAUUAUUGCACUUUUCCUUUCAGUGUAAACCCAAUUGAACAAAUAUUAAUGUAUGUCACCAUGCCGGCAGUGCCUUUGAAUAGUGAGUAACUGAGUGUUGAGCAUUGAAGUCGCUUUGUUCUUGUGUGAUUAACUUCAAAGGCUUUAUAUCAUAGGCAUGUUCUAAGGAUAUAUUGCAAACAAUUUAGAUUUUGGCUUAUUUCUUUACCUAUGCAAAUCAGGGACACAUGUUCAGAGCGAGCCUCAACAUUCUGGCUUAAUUUUCAUUUGCAAGUAACGCGAUGGACCAAAACGCAAAGAUUGUUCAGUGUAGAGAGUGCAUGAGGGUCUGCAGCUGCGGCAACUCUGGUUUUGACUUGUUAUUGCGAGCUUUGGAAUCACUUAGUACAGACUCUUCUCUUCUUCAUGAUAAUACCCCUGCUGAGGAAGAGUGUGGUCCCCAGAAGCCUCAGACAGAAAGCCACAUGCUUCUGGGAGCAGCACCGCUCAAACUGAAGCAGCCAGUCAUUUUUGCGCCUGGAUUUCUUACUGCAAAAACCAACCCUCCUCUUCUUGAUUGGUAUGAUGCCCCAGCUAAGGAAAAACGUGGUCCCCAGCAGCCUUGGAUAGAGUGCCACAUGCUUCUGGGAGCAGCACCGCUCAAACUGAAGCAGCCAGUCAUUUUUGGGCCUGGAUUUCUUACUGCAAAAACCAACCCUCCUCUUCUUGAUUGGUAUGAUGCCCCAGCUCAGGAAAAAUGUGUCCCCCAGCAGCCUUGGACAGAGUGCCACAUGCCUCUGGGAGCAUCACUUCUCAGCCUGCAGCAGCCAGUCAGGCCUGCACCUGGGCCGGCUCUUCCAAUGUACCAGCCACCAAGUGCCUUUCAGCCGAACAACUUCCAGGCAGCUUCUUUCAUCCACAGCCAGGUCAACAACAGGCCAAUUGUGAGUCGCCCUCACGGCCUGCAUGGGACAAACCUGGUUCCUGUUGGAUUCAUAAAUGGACAGAUCGUUUAUGGGGCUGCACCCUGUUCAGCUCCUCCUGUCGCUCCUCCUGUCGCUCCUCCCGUUGCACCUCCUGUCACUUCUACUGUCGCGUCUACUGUCCCUGCAGUUAACGCCCUUGGAUCAAGACAGAAAAGGUGUUCCACACAGCCACACGACGAGAGGAGGCCCUAUGUCAAGAAGCCCCCAAACGCUUUCAUGCUAUUCCUCAUGGAACAGAGGUCAAAUGUUGUAGUAGAGAUCAAGAACUCAGACUGUGCGGCUGUCAACAAACAUAUUGGAUACAAAUGGAAGUCGCUUUCCAAAGAUGAGCAGGCAAAAUAUUAUGAAGAUGCAAAGAGGUUGAAGCGCCUCCACUCUCAGGCCUUCCCUGAUUGGUCAGCCAGUGACAAUUACGCCAAAAGGAUGAAAAGGAUACGGAGGAAGCGUCCAUAUAUGAUUUAGGAUCCUGAAAUUUGAACUCUCCAGGGAGCGAGAAUCUGAAGACUUCGUGCAAAGCACCCCUGUAUUACCAUUUGUCCAAUAAAUGGUUCAAUCACGACAAAGUGUUCCUGACUGGCACACUGUCUCCACACAUGCUUGUUGGUUAAGCAACCGUCAAAUAAACAAAUGAGGCUCUGUUAACUAGUUAAA